AUGCGAGAAGGGGGGGUUCUCAUCGCAGAGGUUCCUGACAAGAAUGUGGACCUUAAGACCACUAGCAAGUACAACGAUGUGCUUGCACCUGUUCUCAAGCGCAUGCGCGAGGUUGCCAAUAGGAAGCUUCCUGCAAUUGAGUUCAUUCGUGAAGAGGUCUUUAAGUUGCUUCAGUUGAGCAAAAGGGAGCCUGAAGAGAAGCAUGUGAUCGAGUUCAGCAGGGUGAUUCGCAAGAACCUCAGCUUUGUGAAGAUGAAAGCUCGGCGCAAUGAGCCAAGCGAAGCACUCGUCGAUAUGAUCAACGAGAUGAAGGCCAAGAAGGAGGCUGAGAAGGCUGCUGCUGGAAAGGACCCGCAGGCUUCAGAGGACGAUGAAUCGGAUGAUGAUGAUGGAGAUGGUCCUGCAGGAAAUGACCUGUGUGGCUUGCUGAACGAGUUCACAACGAGUGCCAAAGCUGUGGUGGCUGGUUCCCAGUUUGAAUCGCAGCCACUUGAAGCCGAGCCCGAAGAUGCAAACACUGCGAAGCCAGUGAAAGUGGAGAUGGUGGAGGACUCUCCUCCACCAUCCAGCGAGGGUGUAGGCGUGGCUGCGACU